AGGCAGUAAGGCACCUUCCUUCAUUUGUCGUUUUUGAACUCUCUAGUUUUACUUACACGUUACAUCGCCCUACUCUUUUUCUUGCAAAGUGCAUUUUCAUUAUUUUUUUUUCAACACACACACAGAGCAUGUAGUAAUACUUUGUCGAUCUAGAGCCCACACCACAUAAUCUAGUUGGCAGCAAUGAGCUUUGAAGAUCUUGAAUCUUCAGGCAGGUGUCUAUAUGUUCAAGGAGGAGGUGGAUCAUAUUCAUGGGGACGACAAACAAAACAAACCAUCACAAUCCCCUGCGCUUCUGAUCAUCAGCAGUCCAUAGUAGCUUCUUUAGUGUUUCAAAUCAACACGAGUCUCACAACUUUUCAACGCCUCGUUAAUACACUUGGAUCUCCCAAGGACACUCUUCAUUUCCGCCAAAAGCUCCACGGAAAAAGGCAGAAAAUUGGCGAAUUGAUAAAAGAAACUUCAGCUAAGCUUAAGCAAGCCAUUGAAUCUGACCAACAUUCUCAAUCUAGUGCCACCAGGAAGAUUGCUAAUGGUAAGCUUGCUAAGGAUUUCCAAUCUGUUGUUAAAAAAUUUCAGAAGUCACAGCAACUUGCAGCACAGAGAGAAGCAGCUUACACUCCUUUCAUUUCCCCCGAAAUCAAUCCAUCCCGAAGUCAAGAGCUUCAGAUAAGUUCAUCAGCUAGGCCGGAGAGCCGUUCUGUUAUCCUUCUGGAAUCCAAAAGACAGGAGCUCGUACACUUGGAACAUGAGAUUCUUUUAAAUGAAGCCAUUAUUGAAGAAAGAGAGCAAGGAAUAAUGGAAAUCCAACAGCAGAUUGGAGAAGUGAAUGAGAUGUUCAAGGAUUUGGCGUUAAUGGUCCAUGAACAAGGAAUUAUGCUCGAUGAUAUCAGUUCCAAUAUUCAGAGUUCGCAUGAUGCAACUACACAAGCUGCUCAGCAACUCACCAAGGCAUCGAAAAUCCAACAAUGUAAUUCGUCUAUGAGCUGUUUGUUGGUGGUGAUAAUUGGGGUCAUCCUGCUUAUUAUAAUCGUACUGGUGCUAGCAUAAAGGAUUUUCCAUUAAUGUAGUAGAGCAGCUUUUUCAUCUCAUUAGUGUAUGAAGGGGUUCCGAUGGGCAUGUACAUCCUCUCAAGCUACACAUGUACGGUAAAACAAAUUUAUAGACUUUUGGACACUCUCCAUUCACCCACUUUCAUUUGUUUCAGUUAUCCAGAUACAGUCGUAAAUUGGUAUUUGAGAAUCACAUUAGUUCUUAAUACUUCAGAGAGAUAGUGAGCAAGAGCUUAGUUCACCCGACUGACUUUUUUAUUUUUUAUUUUAUUUAUCAAAUAGAU